UGCUUUGUUGAAACACAAACAAACCUCAGCGUUGACUUCAACUCCUCUCACCCACUCGAAUCGAACUAAUGGAUUCUUCUUCAUCAUCAUCCUUAAAAUUCAAUGAUAAAUGGAUCUACGACGUGUUCGUCAGCUAUUUAGGGAAAGACACGGGUCAGAAUUUCGUUUCACAUCUACAAACUGCACUCACAAUUGCAGGAAUUACCACUUGUAUCAACUAUCGGAUUGGAAAUGGAACCGAGCUGGGACCAGAACUUUCACGAGCAAUAGGAUGGUCUCGUAUAUCUAUCCUUGUUUUCUCCCGAAACUACACUCAAUCUAGUUGGUGUCUUAACGAACUUCAAAAAGUCAUGGAAUGCCACAGAACUGGUGACCAGGCUGUUGUCCCUGUGUUUUAUGAUGUUGAUCCAUCGGUUGUACGCCUCCAGAAUGGUGGUUUUGGAAAAGAUUUGAGAGCCACCGCAAAAAGAAUCUCAGCAAAGGGAAAGAUGGAACAUGUGCUGUCUAGUUGGAGGAAGGCACUCACCGAAGCUGCUAAUUUGUUAGGUUGGGAUGCCACCAAGUACAGGUAUAAAGAUGAACUAGUGCAGCGAAUUGUUGAGGAUGUUUUGAGAAAGCUAAACAGGGGAUUAUUGAAUAUUACCAAAUUUCCAGUUGGAUUGCAUGCCCAUGUGCAACAAGUGAUACAGUUUAUUGAAAAUCAGUCAAGCAAAGUUUGUUUGAUAGGGAUCUGGGGUAUGGGUGGAUUGGGUAAAACAACAACAGCCAGAGCUGUCUACAACCAAAUUCAUUACAAAUUUGAUGACCUGAGCUUCAUUGAAAAUAUUAGAGAAGUUUGUACAAAAGGUGACGGAGAGAUUAUUCAUUUACAAGAACAGCCUCUUUCAAAUGUCUUGGAAACAAAUGAGAAGAUACAUACUACAUAUGGGAUAUCCACAACUGAGAAAAGAUUUAUAGGGAAAAAGGUACUCAUUGUACUCGAUGAUGUGAGCACAUUUGGUCAAGUAGAAGCCCUGUGUGGAAACCGUAAAUGUUAUGGUCUAGGAAGUGUAUUGAUUGUCACCACCAGGGAUAAGCGCAUACUUAAUUUACUUAAAGUUGACCGUGUAUUUAGUAUAGAGGAAAUGGACACAAGCAAGUCCCUUGAGCUUUUCUGUUGGCAUGCUUUCAGACAACCCAGUCCAAUAGAAGACUUCCGUGAGCUCUCAAAGAACGUAGUUGCUUAUUGUGGAGGAUUACCGGUUGCUCUUGAAGUCCUUGGUUCUUCCUUAUAUGAGAGAACAGAAAAAGAAUGGAUAAGUGUACUGUCAAAACUAAAGAGAACUCCAAAUGAUCGAGUGCAAGAAAAAUUGAGAAUAAGUUAUGAUAGUUUGAAGGAUGAUAUGACAAAGGAUAUAUUUCUUGACAUAUGUUGUUUCUUUAUCGGCAAGGAUAAAGGCGAUGUUACAGAGAUAUUAAAUAACUAUGGACUUUAUGCUGAUGUUGGCAUAGCCAUGCUCGUAGAGUGCAGCCUCCUAAAAGUUGAGAAGAAUGACAAGCUUGGAAUGCAUGAUUUAAUAAGAGACAUGGGAAGAGAAAUUGUUCGCGGAAGUUCACAAAAAGAACCUGGGAAGCGGAGUCGGUUGUGGCUUCACGAGGAUGUACAUGAUGUUUUGACCACAAAAUCUGGAACAGAAGCUAUACAGGGAUUGGUUUUGAAGUCGGAAAGAACUGGCAGAAUUCGCUUCAGUACGGAUUCUUUCAAGGAGAUGAAGAAACUCAGACUUCUAGAACUUGAUCGCGUUGACCUCACUGGAGAUUAUGGCAACCUUUCUAAAGAACUAAGAUGGGUCCACUGGCAAGGAUUUAGCUUGAACUAUAUACCUGAUGAAUUUUAUCAAGGAAAUCUAGUUGUUAUCGACUUAAAAUUCAGCAAUAUUAAAAAAGUUUGGAAUAAAACCCAGGUGCUAGUGAAUCUAAAAAUUCUCAAUCUCAGUCAUUCGAGAUACUUGAACAGAGGUCCGGACUUUUCAAAAUUACCAAAUCUUGAAAAGCUCAUUAUGAUGGAUUGUCCAUCUUUGUCCAAAAUACACCCAUCCAUUGGAGAUCUCAAUAAUCUUCUUCUAAUAAAUUUGAAGGACUGUACAGGUCUUAGCCAUCUUCCAAAGAAGAUCUAUCAACUGAAAUCUUUGGAAACUCUCAUCCUUUCUGGUUGUUCGAAGCUUGACAAGUUGGAAGAAGACAUAGUGCAAUUGGAAUCCUUGACAACGCUGAUUGCCAAAGGUACAUCUGUAAAACAUGUUCCCUAUUCAAUACUAAGAUUGAAAAGCAUUGGAUAUAUAUCCCUGUGUGGACAUGAAGGAUUAUCACGCGAAAUUUUUCCUUCUCUCAUCUCGUCUUGGAUGUCACCAACCAUGAACUCUCUUCCCCAAAUUUCCCCAUUUAGGAACAUUACAUAUUAUCUAGCUUCUAUCGCUGUACAGAAAAAUAACCCUGGCUUUUUAUCACCAACGGUUAGCAGCCUUUUACGACUGAGAACUUUUGGGGUACAAUUCCGCUCAAAGAUUGAACUUACUCAAGAAUUACGAAGAAUUCUUGAUGAUCAAUAUGAUAUUAGAUUUACCAAAGUAGAAACAUCACAAUUCUCAAAUCUAUCCUUGAGAUCACUUUUGAUUGGAAUGGGAAGUUUCCACAAAGUCAUCGAUACUCUAAGCAAGAGCAUAUUACAGGGAUUAACAACCAAAGAUUCGGGUGAAUAUUUCCUUCCCGGGGACAAUUAUCCUUCUUGGUUAGUCUAUAAGGGUGAAGGACCUUCAGUAAAGUUUCAAGUGCCUGAGGAUAGUGAUUACUGUAUGAAGGGAAUAACUUUAUGCGCUGUUUAUUCAUCAACAUCUGAAAACAUGGCAACUGAAUGUCUCACAAGUGUUUCUAUAAUUAAUUACAAUAAAUUCACUGUUCAUAUAUACAAGCGAGAUACAAUAAUGUCCUUUAAUGAUGAAGAUUGGAAGAACGUAGCAUCAAAUCUAGGACCUGGUGACAAUGUGGAGAUAUUUGUAGCUUUUGGGCAUGGGUUGAUUGUUAAGAAGGUAGCUGUCUAUCUAUUAUAUUACCAGUCAAUUGAUAUGGAUGUUUCUGCAAAUGAGAAAGAUGGUUUGAUGAAUGAUGUUGGUCCUAUGUUCAAAGGUGGUUUGUGGAGUUGUGAUUAUAAAAAAGAUAUGGAUGAAACAAGUAAAAGAUACCAGGAAAUUCUGAAUCAAUCAGAGAAUGCUGUUGAGAUAGAGGUUUUGGGAAAUGAUGUUGACGUCAAUAAAAGGUUGGCUUCUGCAGCCUUUCAUGAAUAUGGACAGAUUUAUGAUGUUAUGGAUGAGUUGGAAAAACUUAAGAACUCUGUUGAAUGCAUUAGAUUUGAGCUCCUUGAUGCACAGGAGAAACAAGAACAAUAUUGUGCUGCGCAAAGUUGGAUAAGAAGUCUCGAAGAUGUGCUUCAUCUUGCAGAUGACUUACUAGAUGAGUUUAUUAUUGAAGGUAUGAGAUACAAAGUGAAUGCAGGUGAUAAGAAAAAGAUGUCACGGGUAUUUCGUUCAUUAUCUUCAAAUCAUACUUAUCUUCGCCGAACACUGGUUCCUAAAUUCAAAAAAAUAAAAAAAAUGUUUGAUGAUAUGGUGGAAGAAAUGGCUAAGUUGAAUUUAGGCCCAAAAGCUGCGGUGGUUAAGCACACUGACAGCUUAAGGAACAAAUCUGUUUCUUUUUUGUUAGAAUCGGAUAUCAUUGGAAGAGAAGAUGAGAAAAAGGAAAUUAUAAAUCUCUUGAGGCAACCACGUAGAAAUAUAUCAUCAAUUGCUAUUGUUGGUAUGGGAGGUAUAGGCAAGACAGCUCUUGCUCAGUUCGUAUAUAAUGAUGUGGAAGUGCAAAAUCAUUUUGAAAAAAAAAUGUGGGUAUGUGUAUCUCCUAACUUUGAUGUCAAGACUAUUGUGAAGAAAAUGUUGGAGUCAUUAACCGAUAGCAAAAUUGAUGAUAAGUUAUCCAUUGAAUACAUACAACAUAAACUUCAUGAAAAUUUAGCUGGUGAAAGAUAUUUGUUAGUCUUGGAUAACAUUUGGAAUGCUAGUCAUGAAAAAUGGACUCAAUUGAGAACUUAUUUAAUGUGUGGUGCUGAAGACAGUAAGGUUUUAAUGACAACUCGUGAUGGCAGUCUUGCAGAAAGACUGGAAGCAAGCGACCUCUAUUUUUUGAGUGGUUUGACUCUAGAUGUAUCUUGGAGUAUUUUAAAGAAAAUGAUAUUUAGGAAUGAAACCGAUGGAGUGGAUCAAAAACUUGAAUCAAUUGGUAUACAAAUAGCCGAAGAGUGCAUGGGACAUCCACUAUUGAUUCGAACACUGGGAGGCCUAUUACAGAGUAAAAGUGAAGAAAUGGAAUGGAUCGAUGUCUUACGAGAAGUGUUUUUGGAAUUAGGCGAACACAGAGAAAGCAUCAUACCCCACAUCCUGAAAAUGAGUUACCAAAGUUUGUCACCUCGGUUAAGACAAUGUUUUGCUUAUUGCUCUUUAUUUCCCAAGGAUUGGGAAAUCGAGAAGGAUCUAUUGAUUCAACUUUGGAUGGCACAGGGUUAUCUUCAAUGCUCAGAUGAAAAGGAAAUCAUGGAAGACACUGGUGAAGAAUUUGUGAAGAUUUUCUUGAUGAGGUCAUUUUUCCAAGAUGUCAAAGUGGGCGAAGAUGGUGAAAUAGUUAGUUUCAAAAUGCAUGAUUUAAUGCAUGACCUUGCAAUAGCAGCAGCUGGCAAUGAUUGUUGUUACUUGGACAGUGAGACAAAUAGCUGUGUACAAAGACCCAUGCAUGUAUCGUUGGAGCCCAAUGCAGUUCAUUUGUUGGACUCAUUUGAUGGAAGCAGGUUGCGAACUUUGAUUUUGCUGUCUUCCAAUGAGGAAGAAUUGAAUGAGGAUAAAUUGUCAGUAAUUUCAAAAUUCAAACAGUUGCGUGUCUUAAAGCUGUCGAAUUGUUCUUUAAGCAAGUCUUCUAGAUCAAUUGGAAAAAUGAAACAUUUAAGAUAUCUUAACUUGUCAAAUUGUAGAGGACUGGGAAGUCUUUACAAAUCCUUAAGCAGCCUUGUUUUGUUACAAACACUAACAUUGACACCUAAUGAAAAAGUGGAGCUUUUUACAAAGGUUGUAUCAAAAUUGAUCAAUUUGAGACACCUCCACAUCUCUGAUUGGGAAGCCUCCAGAGACAGGACACCAUUUGGAUUUGUACAAUUGAGCAUUUGGCAACAUAAGAGGAUGAAUAUUUCAAAUUGGCUUUCUCCACUGACAAAUAUUGUUGAAAUAUCUUUCUUUUUGUGUGGAAGUCUCCAGUUUCUCCCACCGUUGGAGCGUCUCCCGUUCCUUAAGUCACUUCAUAUAGGUUUCCUUGAAGAACUGGAGUACAUAUAUUAUGAACAAGAUUUUUCUUCAGUGUUCUUUCCAUCUCUAAAGAGCCUCUCUUUGCAGUUUUGUUACAAGUUGAGGGGAUGGAGGAAGAUGGGAGAUGAUUUCAAUAAUACUAACUCUUCACAAAAUCUCUCCUUGCCUACCUUUCCUCGUCUGUCUCAAUUAUCAAUCAUAGGAUGUCUGAAGUUGACUUGCAUGCCUGCCUUCCCAAGUCUUGAAAACGGAUUGGAAUGGUAUGAUAGUAGUGUGGAAACAUUGGUAGCAACACUGAACAACGAAACAUUGAAUGGCUUCCCUGCUCUUUCCAUGCUCAAAUCCUUGCAUAUUGAUGGAGUAAGCCUGGAUGUGAAAAGUAUCCCGAGUGAUUGGAUGAAAAACCUCACUUCUCUCCAGUUUCUUCAUAUUAAUUGGUUUUCACCUCAAACGUUCCGGGAUACAGAAGCUUGGUUUGAGAACAACUCCGAGUGUCUUCCUUGUCUACAAAUAAUUGGCUUUCAUAAUUGUGAAGAGAUAGAGGUACUGCCUGAUUGGAUCUGCAACCUCUCAUCGCUUCAGCAUCUGAAGAUGCAUGAUUGCAUAAAUUUGGCAUCACUGCCCAAUAGAAUGUCCAGUCUAACCAACUUACAGACCCUAGAAAUCAUUGGAUGUCCCCUCUUAGUUGAAGAAUGCCAGAAACAAACGGGUGAAACUUGGGACAAAAUUUGUGAUACGCCUUUAAAACAUAUGUAUGAGUGGAGGGGGAAAAAGGGAAAUAGGGAGGAAGGAGUAAGAAUUGAAAGGAGGGAUGAUGAAGUGGGAGGGAAAAUAACUAAUUACUUAGGGGGAAGUAAGAGAGUGGAGGAAGGGAUUGAAGAAAUCAGUGAACACACACAGAAGAGAAUAAAGGGAAACCUGACGUAUGGUGUGAGGCAUUCUAGAAGCAAUUUGGUGGCUGAGCAGUCAGACUCAGAGUCAUUGUUAUUAUGAGAAUAUUAGUAUCUUCAUUUACCAAUUUGUAAGGAGCUAGUCUCCAUUCCAUCUUAGUACUAUUUUCGUUGUAAGAAGUUAGUCACAAUCUUCAAUAUGCAUCUAUUCCAUUACUUCCUGCUAUUACACUUUUGUUAUCACUGCUUUAAUUUUGUUAUCACUGCUUUAAUCUGUUAAUUUGUAAAGUCCCAAAGAUAAUCAUAUCAUCACUUCAUUAGCUAUAACCUCUACAAACAACUAAUUUUUUGGUUUCUAUUAUUUUUGGUAUCUAAAAAAACUAUUCAUUUUUAUAAACUUCUAUUCGUAAUAAUAAUAUUAAUAAUAGUUGCCUUCUAAGGUGAGGUAGCUGUUAAGUCUAUCCCAGGUGAAUUAACAUAUGCAACUU